CUGCCGCUGCACACACUGGCGGCGCUAGCGGCUGCGGGCGUCGUUUUGUGGCAGCUCAUCGAGUACUCUAUGCACCGCUGGGUCUUCCAUGCCGCUCCCGGCGGCCCAAACACCAUCGUCGCCCACUUCCUCAUGCACGGGAAUCAUCACAAGUACCCUUCCGACAUCGAGCGGCUCGUGUUCCCGCCGCUGCCCGCCUGCCUGCCUGCCUCCGCCAUCUACGGCACGCUACAAGCCUGCCUGCCGCAGGCUUCCGCGGGAGCAAUAUUUGCAGGCGUGCUGGUCGGCUACGUAGCAUACGACUGCAUGCACUACCUGAUGCACAGGUGA